AUGUCCGACAAAGACGCUCAUCCAAGCAAAUACAGUGAAUUGCGAAGUAAUUACAAAUAUUACAUCGAUACAUACAAUGCAUUAUAUCAGUUGAGAACGGAAAAAGAAGAAGAAUUAAACUCGAUUUACAAAAUGAUCAAAACAGAAUUUAUUGAUUCAAAUAAAUAUCCUCCCCAAAAUAUACUACGAGACAUUUUAAAUAUUGUUCCGUAUAAUAAUCAUUAUGCAAAGUCAUAUCUAUCUCUUGCCAAACUCAUAUCAGAUGAAUAUCAUAUCAAAGAGGUCGAACGUGUCAUACAUAUCUCAAACUUCCUAUUUUAUAAAGAAUAUGGAAUUAAAUUAUACAAAUCUGAUGACUUCGAAAAAGAUGAUAUUAAAGAUCUCGAUAUUCAUACAGAGAAUACAAUAUACAGAGCAAUUAUGAAUAACGACAAAGAAAGUUUCAUCAUAUUCACGGAAAGAGCUGGAUUUGAUAAAAAUCAAACGCUUGCAAGUAGGUUAUAUCCACAUUCUAAUAAAGGAUAUUCAUUACUUGAAUUAUGUUGUUACCAUGGAGCUGUUGAUUGUUUCAAGUUAUUAAGAACGAAAUUUAAGUCAGAAAUAACUCAAAAAUGUCUCAGAUUUUCAUUUUUAGGAGGAAAUCCGGAGAUAAUGAAUGAAUGUUUAAAAUAUCAAAAACCAAAUGAAAAAUGCAUGAAAUAUGCAAUUAUUUCACAUAACAUUGAUUUUGUUACAUUCUUGAUGAAUGAAUACAAUAUAGAAAUCGAUUUAGAUAAUUGUGGGUUUUAUAAUAAUCUUGAAUCCUUUUUAGUUCAUCUCGAUCAAACUAAUGAUUUUGGCUAUUGCUUUGUUUAUUUAUCGUUCUUUAAUAUUCCAUCCCUUUUCGAAUGCUUCCUUUCACAAGGUGUAAACAUCAAUGAAAAAGUUGAAAAUAGAGAAACCGCACUUCAUUAUGCAGCAUAUUAUAAUAAUAUAGAAACUGUCGAAUUUCUCAUUUCACAUGGUGCGAAUAUCAAUGAAAAAAAUGAAAAUGGAAGAACCGCACUUCAUUAUGCAGCAUGGAAAAAUAGUAAAGAAACUGUCAAAGUUCUCAUUUCACAUGGCGCGAAUAUCAAUGAAAAAGAUAGAGAUGGAAGAACCGCACUUUAUGAUGCAGCAUAUUGUAAUAGUAAAGAAAUUGUCGAAUUUCUCAUUUCACAUGGUGCGAAUAUCAAUGAAAGAGAUAGAGAUGGAGAAACCGCACUUCAUUAUGCAGCAAAUUGUAAUAGUAAAGAAACUGUCGAAGUUUUCAUUUCACAUGGUGCGAAUAUCAAUGAAAAAGAUGAAGAUGGAAGAACCGCACUUCAUUAUGCAACAUGGGAAAAUAAUAAAGAAACUGUCGAAGUUCUCAUUUCAUAUGGUGCGAAUAUCAAUGAAAGAGAUGAAGAUGGACAAACCGCUCUUCAUUAUGCAGCAUUUUAUAAUAGUAAAGAAACUGUCGAAAUCCUCAUUUCACAUGGUGCGAAUAUCAAUGAAAAAGAUAAAGAUGGACAAACCGCACUUCAUAUUGCAGCAAAUAAAAACAAUACAGAAAUUGUUGAAGUUCUCAUUUCACAUGGUGUAAAUAUCAAUGAAAAAGAUAAAGAUGGAAAAACCGCACUUCAUAUUGCAGCAAAUAAAAACAAUACAGAAAUUGUUGAAGUUCUCAUUUCACAUGGUGCAAAUAAUGUUCCUACAAGUUGGCCUUCACUCCGAGGUAUUAACCCCUGUACCUACUUUCGUUGA